AUGGCUGCGGCGGUGGCGCCCUGGGAGAAGCCCAGGAUGCCGUGCACUGGGGCGUGGGCCGCCAGGGCCUCGUCCAGGGUGCGGCGGGAGGCCCCCCAGCCGCUGUACCGCACUGCGCUGGAGGGCCUGGCCUGGUCGGACCCCAGCUGGUUCCCGGCUGGCAGCUCCUCCCAGUCAAACCUGUGUACGGGUGUAUCGGUAGGUGGUUGA